UGGGGCCCCCGGGCAAUAGGGGUUCAUGGGGCCCCUGUGUCCUUGCCCAAACUCAAAAAAGCCUAUGAAAAAGAAAGGCAGUACAAUCCAUUUAACAUAAUUUCCAAUGGAACGUAUUCACAUCUGCACGUUUUCACCCAGUGCGUUUUUUGGAAAGGGACAGGGGGACUGACAACUUAUAGGGCCCCGGGCAAUAGGGGAUCAUGGGGCCCCUGUGUCCUUGCCCAAACUCAAAAAAGCCUAUGAAAAAGGUACCAGGGGCAUCUCAUGGGGGCCCCCUACUGACCCCGGGCCCUCGGGCAGUGCCCAAGUUUCCAAAUGGUCAGACCGCCCCUG